AUGGAAUGUGGUCGACCUCUUCGCCAGGACCGCCUUGUGGGCGGCUCUAAUGCACCUGUUGCAAAGUGGCCUUGGCAAGUAAGUGUCUACAAAUUUGGGCGUCAAAUAUGUGGCGGCUCCCUCAUCUCCGAGUCCUGGGUUGUCUCUGCAGCUCAUUGUUUCUUAUUCCCAGACACUUUGAUUCCCAUUCCACCAGAGCAAUUUACUGUUGUUGUGGGCCUGCACUCUCAACUGUCUUUCAUGCUAAACACAGAGGUAUCAGAUGGCAAGCAUCGGAUAGUGAAAGUGUCAGAUAUUCUGAUUCAUGAGAAUCGCACCAAUAUUGACCGUGGAAAUGACAUUGCUUUAUUGCAUCUUGCUGAGCCUGUCAACUUCACAGAGUAUGUGCAGCCCAUUUGUUUGCCCCGAGCCAAUCACAGUUUCCCUCAUGGAGCUUCCUGCUGGGCCACAGGUUGGGGAAAUGUCCAAGAGAAAGGUGAGUCUCCAAGGGGCUUGAUACUCCAGCAAUUGGAACUGAAGAUCGUUGGUCCCAAAGAAUGUCAGUGUCUCUACAACUCCAAUGGUCCCUAUAAUAUUACUGAGGAAAUCUUACCUAGUAUGCUCUGUGCUGGCUACAAGGAAGGGAAAAGAGGUCCCUGCCAGGGGGACUCUGGAGGCCCACUUGUCUGUGAGGAACAAGGCCAGUGGUUCCUGGCUGGAAUCACCAGUUUUGGCCAUGGCUGUGCAAGGAGGAACCGGCCAGGGAUCUUUGUAAAUGUGGCAGCCUUUGAAGACUGGAUCAGGGAUCGAGUGGAAGGCGCAGCUUUCCCUGAGCAACCUGAACCUAUCCCAGCACCUUUGAUUGAAGACUCUGACAAUUGUACUAUUGCCUUGCCAGAUUGUGGCAUUGCUCCCAGACCUGGUGACUGGCCCUGGAAAGCUGUAAUAAUUACUCCAGCAUCUAAACCCUGCCAUGGGGUGUUGGUAGCAGAGAAAUGGGUUCUUGCACCAGGCAGCUGCUUUCUGGGCAUAAAAAAUAUCAGUAGUUGGCACGUGAUGCUUCCACCCAAGGCACAAAGGAUACCUAUCCUCAGUGUACGGUUUAAUGUCAACUUCACGUACGAUUAUGAGUAUGACCUGGUCCUCCUGGAGCUAGCAGUACCAGUGUCUUUUACUGAGGAUACAAGGGCCGUGUGUUUACCCCGUCUGCAUCACUACUUUUUGCCCAGUAGCCAGUGCCGUCUGAUCCAAUGGGGCCGGGGAGAGCCACCCCUGGAUUCCCCGUCCCUGUUGGAAGCUGAAAUGACAUCUAACAGGUGGUGUUAUUGCGUCCGUGGCUCGAAUGUGGACGUGGUACCCGACCCCUUGGAGAAUCCUAGCAUCCUGUGUGCUGAAUACCAUGAAGAGGAGAAAAAUGGCUGUUGGAUGGGAACCCGCUGGGGCCUCUUGUGUGAGGAAUCGGGAUCCUGGUUUCUGGCAGGUAUUUCAAAGCCUGCAGAAAACUGUCUUCGGCCUCGGGUCUUCUCCCCUCUACAACUUCGAAGCUAUUGGAUCAAGAGUACAGCCCUUACCUCCUACAUGGAGGAUCAGCUCAACUGGGACUUUGAAGCUGUGAGCACUUUAUCACUCUGUCCCUCCAAAACCUUGUUUGGAGGUGAGGAGACUCUUGGUUUCACGUCCAGCUCUUUGGGCAGGGAGGGAACAGGUUUGGGUUGA